AUGCGUGCAAAUGCUUGCAUUAGAGCAGCAGCAGCAGCAGCAGCAGCAGCAAGAGUAGCAGCAGCAGCAGCAGCAGCAGUAGCAGCAGCAGUAGCAGCAGCAAGAGUAGCGGCAGCAGCAGCAGCAGCAGUAGCAGCAGCAAGAGUAGCAGCAGCAGCAGCAGCAGCAGCAAGAGUAGCAGCAGCUGCUGCUGCUGCAGCAGAAGUAGCAAUAGCAGCAGCAGCACAAGGAGCUGCAGCAGCGCCACAGCUAGCAGCAGCAGCAGCAGCAGCAGCAGCAGCAGCAGCAACACCAACAGCACCAUCAGCAGCAGAGGCAGCAGCAACAGCUGCAGCACUAACAGCAGCAGCAGCAGCAGCUGCAGCAGCAGCAGCUGCAGCAGCAGCAGCUGCAGCAGCAGCAGCAAACCAAAAAAAACAACAAAAGUAG